UGCAGCAGCCUCGGCUGAAGAGGGAGCGGGAGGGGGGUUUCGGCUGUGCCUGCGUGUGGCUGCGUGUUUCCCGGAGCGCGUCGAGCCGCGAUGUCGGAGUUCCUGGUGAGUCUGCUCGGGGAGCGGCUCGUGAACGGCGAGAAAGCCGAGGUGGACGUGCAGGCGCUGGGCGCGAGGCUCUCCCUGGUCGGGCUCUUCUUCGGGUGCAGCCUGAACGCCCCGUGCAAGCAGUUCAGCGGGAGCCUGUGCGAGUUUUACAGCCGCUUCAAGAAGGCGUCCGAGCACAGGGACAAGCUAGAAGUCGUCUUCGUGUCGUCCGACCAGGACCAGAAGCACUGGCAGGACUUUUUGCAGGAGAUGCCGUGGCCCGCGUUGCCUUUCAAAGACAGACACAAAAAGAUGAAACUGUGGAACAAGUACAAAGUGACCAGCAUCCCUUCGCUGGUGUUUGUGGACGCAGCCACAGGAAAGGUGGUGUGUCGAAACGGUCUGCUGGUGGUGAGAGACGACCCAAAAGGUCUGGAGUUCCCCUGGGGGCCGAAGCCCUUCGCAGAGGUGGUGGCGGGGCCUCUGCUCAGGAACAACAGGCAGACAGCAGACAGCAGCUCUCUGGAGGGACACUAUGUGGGAGUGUAUUUCUCAGCACACUGGUGUCCGCCGUGUCGCAGUCUGACCCGAGUCCUGGUGGAGUCCUACCGAAUCGUCAAAGAGUCGGGUCAGAAGUUCGAGAUCAUCUUCGUCAGCGCCGACAGGUCAGAAGAGUCUUUUAAGCAGUAUUUCAGCGAGAUGCCGUGGUUGGCCGUCCCGUACUCGGACGAGGCGCGGAGAUCUCGACUCAACAGGCUGUACGGAAUACAAGGUAUUCCCACGCUGAUCCUGUUGGACGCCGAGGGCCGUGUGAUCACGCGACAGGGCCGCGUGGAGGUGCUGAACGACCCGGAGUGCCGGCUCUUCCCGUGGCACCCGCGGCCCGUGCUGGAGCUGAGCGAGGCCAACGCCGUGCAGCUCCACGAGGGGCCCUGCCUCGUCCUGUUUGUGGACGCUGAAGAGGAAGGCGAACUGGAGCCAGCCAAGGAGUUGAUUCAGCCAAUAGCAGAGAAGCUCAUGGCCAAAUAUAAAGCCAAGGAAGAGGAGACGCCGCUGCUGUUCUUUGUUGCCGGAGAGGACGACAUGAGCGACUCGCUGCGGGACUACACCAACCUCCCAGAGGCGGCGCCCCUUCUCACCAUCCUGGACAUGUCGGCUCGUGCCAAGUACGUCCGCGACGUGGAGGAGAUCACGCCGGCCGUGGUGGAGCAGUUUGUCAACGAGUUCCUGGCUGAAAAGCUCAAACCAGAGCCCAUCUAAAAGAGAAACUCCGAGCAGGAAAUGGACAUGCAGAAUGAGACUGUCACUUAACCCAGAUCCGUUCUCUCUCUCUCUCUCUCUCACACACACACACACACACACGCUCUGUCUCCCUACUCUCAUUCACCUCCCCUACUGACUGUUAGAUAGAAACAAAUGUCUCCGUACGGACAUUUUGACCAUGUUUUUUUUUUUUAAGUCCGUUUCCUCUCUUUAUAGAGUCCUCUCUUUCUCCUGUGGUGCCUUGCAUAGUCCAUACAGUAUGACGGCGUGUUGGAGAAAUUGUAGAUGGAAGGGGAAAAAAAAACAAGAGUAUAUUUCUGCCCAAAAACUCAGAAAUUUUGAGAUCAAUUCCUGAAAUUUUCUAGAAAAAAACAUGGAAAUUUCUGAGUUUGAAAAGUCAAAAAUUUACUUGGAAAAACAGCAUUUUUUUAGAAUAGUUUCAGAAAUUUUCUAGGAAAUAUAUGGACGUUUCUGGGUUUCAAAAGUGUAACAUUUUUGACUUUCAGAAAGAGUUGAAAUUUUUCUAUGUUGAAACUCAGAAAUUUGCUCUUUUUUUACAAGUUUUUCUACCAAUUUUUUUGACUGCUCAAACUCAAAUUCCUUUAGGUUAUUUUUUUUUCUAGAAAACUUUUGUGGUCUCAAAAUUUGAGUUUUUUUGCCAAAUUUUCAACUUUGGACCUCAGAAAUGUCCUUAUUUUUUCUAUAUAUUUUCAGAUGUUUUAGUGGAAAUGUACUCGUUUUCCAUCUACAAUGGCCCUACUACACCGUCGUAAUACAGUAAUAUAUGAGGAUAUUCUGUUUGUCUUUUUUUAUAUAAAUAUAUAUAUAUAUACACACACUAGCAUUUUUGAGCUGUAGAGACAACCUGAGAAUCGAUCCAGUGGACCUACUUAUUGAAGCUGAUGCUUUGCUUUCUAUUCUCACUGCAAGAUUUGUGUUGCUUUUGGUUUCUGUGUGACGCUGACAAAGACUAAAAAUGGAGUCAUGUGGAAACUCACCUGUAUGACGGCGGGUCGGAUGGAUGGAGCUUUAAGCCUAUUUAAAUAAAACCAUAAUCGGCGUGCAGCUCGCUGCCGAACGAGUUAA